CAUCAGUAAUCCGAUAUAGUGUAACGGCUAGCACGGUUCGCUUUCACCGAGCAGACCCGGGUUCGACUCCCGGUAUCGGAAUAUUUUUUUGCAACCUAUAUUUUUAAAUAGGUAUGUAUAAGAGUAGUUAAGGGUAUAGCCUGUUGAUUGCUGGAUUUAAAGUUAAAUAUUAUAAUCUUGAUAUCAUUGUUAGUUAAUGCGAGUAAAUUAUUUUUAUUCUAUUUUUAUCUUGUUUUAAAUCAGAAUCAAAAUAAUCUUUUAGCGAGACAAGCGCUUAACUUACAUGUCAAGUUUGGCAACGAAUCAUACUUAAUGACAACUUACAAUCAUGAGUCCACGUCUGCAGCUUACAAAGAUGAUUAUUACGUCUAUCAAUCAUACGAUGGACCAAUUGCAACUGCUCCAUUGGUAAUGGAAGAAUCCGCUGGAACAGAGAGCUCAGACAAAGAUUAUCUUGAAUCCACUACACGAUUUUCAUCUUGGUGUAUAGCAAACAAUGCUAGUCUAUCUGAAGACGAAAUUAAGCUUAUGUUUCAAGAGUUGAGAGACACAUUUGGUUUUCAAGUGGAUAAUGCAAAAAAUAUGUUUGAAUAUCUUAUGAUAUUGUUAGAUUCAAGAUCAAGCAGAAUGAGCUGCGAUAAAGCAUUAAGAAGCGUACAUGCUGAUUAUAUAGGAGGUCAGAGAUCAAAUUUCAAGAAGUGGUACUUCUCUGUUCAUGUAUUCGCCAAUGUUGGAAAAUCUUCUGAUUAUAAAGAGAGUCUGAAACAAGUCCCAAAAGAUGAAGAAGAUUUGGCUUCCGACGAAAAUUGUAUGGAUGAGGCUGAAUGGAAUAGGAAAAUGAAUAGUUAUACUCACACUGAUUAUAUUUAUCAAAUUGGUCUUUACUUGCUCAUUUGGGGAGAGGCAAAUAAUAUAAGAUUUAUGCCCGAAUGUUUAUGCUUUAUUUAUCAAUGUGCUUUUGAUCACUUCUAUGACGUGAAGUCAAAGAGUUUGACUAUUGUUAAAACCCAAUAUACUUUUCUUGAUGAAGUGAUCACUCCUUUAUACUGUUUUAUUAGAGAUCAACAAAUGAUUUUCAAAAACGGAAAUUGGAUUAAGAAUACCAAGGAUCACAAAAGCAUCAUCGGUUAUGAUGAUGCUAAUCAAUUCUUUUGGUCCCCUACAGCGUUGAAAAAGAUUAAAAUUGACAAUGGAACAAAGUUAUUUGACUUAUCAGAAGAAAAAAGAUAUCAGUUCUUAAAGUCAAUUAAGUGGAAUAGUUUAUUCUACAAGACCUAUUACGAGAGGAGAUCGUGGAUUCAUGCACUAACCAAUUUUAGUAGGGUAUGGGUUAUUCAUAUUACUAUGUUUUGGUACUAUACAGCUUACAAUGCCCCGACUUUAUACACUUUAGAGUACAGUCAGCUAUUAGAUAAUAAACCAGCUCCACAAGUUCAGAUAACAACUGUAGCUUUGGGUGGUACAAUUGCUGGAAUUAUUUCGUUUGUUGCUAUCCUUGCAGAGUACUUUUUCGUUCCAAGACAAUUUCCCGUUUCGACUUUCUGGUUUUGGAGAUUAGUAUGUACCCUUGUUGUUAUUAUAUUCAACAUUGCACCGUCUAUUUACAUUUAUCUAUUUUUACCUUUGAAUGUGUACUCAGUUCAUGGUACAUUAAUUGCAAUUAUUCAAUUCAUAUUUUCAAUAAUAACUUUCUUAUACUUUGCGAUCAAAGCUCCAAGCAGGUUAUUUGAAUUCGAAGGUAGACUGUUACAGAAGAAGACAAUGGCAAAAGUUUUCAUGUCUUCAUUUCCAAAACUUCCUUUCAGGAGCAGAGUGUUCUCUUACAUGUUAUGGGCAAGUGUGUUUGCCGCAAAGUUCUCAGAAUCAUACUUUUUUUUGACUCUUUCAAUUAAGGAUCCAGUCAGAGUCCUUUCAAUAAUGACAAUGAAGAGGUGUGUUGGAGAUGUCAUCUUUGGAAAUAUUAUUUGUUUGCAGCAAGCAAGAAUAACACUCGUAUUGUUGCUCUUUACAGAUCUUAUACUUUUUUUCUUGGAUACUUACCUUUGGUAUAUCGUUUGUAAUUGCUUGUUUUCAAUAGGUUUAUCUUAUUCUUUAGGAGUAUCAAUUUUCACACCAUGGAGAAAUAUCUUUUUGAGACUUCCAGAAAGAAUAUCAAGCAAAAUAAUAUUCUCUAACUCUAACGCUAAAGCUAAUUUGAUUGCUAUAGCUCAUGUAUGGAACAGUAUCAUCAUUUCCAUGUAUAGAGAACAUUUACUUUCCACCGAACAAGUGAAUAAGCUUGUCUUCCAGAACCUUUCUUCCUUGGAUCCUAAGGAAUCCAGCAUCAAGUCGCCUCUUUUUUUUAUAUAUCAAGAUGAUAAUUCCUUUAAUAUGGGUGAGUUUUUUGCACCCGGAAAGGAAGCUGAACGAAGAAUCUCUUAUUUCGCACAAUCUCUAUCAUGCCCACUUCCUAAUUCUUACCCACUAUUGGCGAUACCCUCUUUCACAGUUUUAGUGCCUCAUUAUUCUGAAAGAAUAAUUCUACAAUUGAGAGAAAUAGUUAAAGAAGAUCGUGAUUCAAAAGUUUCACUUCUUGAAUACUUGAAGCAAUUAUAUCCAAAAGAAUGGGAGUACUUUGUAAAGGAUACGAAAGUAUUAGAUUUCCUUUCGUCUGACGAUCUUAAGCUCCCAUUGACACCUGAUAUCCAUCAGGAGGAUUCUCUGAUACAUAAGGUUAACGAUUUGCCAUAUUACUGUGUUGGUUUCAAGAAUUCUUCGCCAGAAUACAUUCUCCGGACAAGAAUUUGGGCCUCUUUAAGAUCUCAAACUUUGUAUAGAACUACAUCUGGUUUUAUGAAUUAUGAGAUAGCUAUUCGUUUGUUAUACAAAAUUGAAAAUUCAUCAUUUGAUACUGACUUCCAAUCGGAAGAGUUUGAAGCAGAGCUCAAACAAUUUGUCUCCAGAAAAUUUAGAUUAUUGGUUUCAAUGCAGCGAUUUCAGCAACUAAGUCCACAGGAGAAAGAAGAUGUAUUCACACUAUUUAAAAACUAUCCACAUAUAGAGAUUUCUUAUUUGGAAGAGGAAGAUUUGGAAGAUGGUACAGUCAAUUAUUAUUCUACUCUAAUCGAUAGUGAAAAUCUGAGUUCUGAUGGACUUUUUAAAAAGUUUAGAAUUAGGCUAUCGGGAAAUCCUAUUUUGGGUGAUGGUAAGUCAGAUAAUCAAAACAACUCUUUAAUUUUUACCAGAGGAGAAUACAUACAAGUGAUAGACGCUAAUCAAGACAAUUACCUUGAAGAAUGUUUGAAAAUCAAGUCAGUCUUGGCAGAAUUUGAAGAAAUGGAGCUUGAUCGAAGCCUUGAAUAUAUUAAUGGUCAAAAGAGAAAGAUCGAGCCACCUAUCGCUAUAUUAGGAGCUAGAGAGUACAUAUUUUCAGAAAAUAUUGGAGUAUUGGGAGAUAUUGCAGCAGGAAAGGAGCAAACCUUUGGGACUUUGUUUGCCAGAACGUUGGCUGAAAUUGGAGGAAAGCUACAUUAUGGCCACCCAGACUUCUUGAAUGCCGUAUUCAUGUCUACAAGAGGUGGAAUAUCAAAAGCUCAAAGGGGUUUGCAUUUAAACGAGGAUAUAUAUGCUGGUAUGACUGCAACUUGUCGCGGCGGUCGUAUAAAGCACUGUGAUUUUUAUCAAUGUGGGAAGGGCAGAGAUUUAGGAUUUGGCACAAUUUUAAAUUUCACUACAAAGAUUGGGUCAGGAAUGGGAGAACAAUUGCUUUCAAGAGAGUAUUACUAUCUAGGUUGUCUGUUACCUAUAGAUAGAUUUUUGUCAUUUUAUUAUGCUCAUGCUGGGUUUCAUAUAAAUAAUGUAUUUAUAAUGCUUUCCCUUCAAUGCUUUUUGUUGGUACUUGUGAAUUUAGGAUCUCUAGUUAAUGAGUCAAUUAUAUGUGAGUAUAACUCGCAGGUACCCAUUACUGACUUAGAAAUUCCAAUUGGUUGUUAUAAUCUAACUCCUAUGUUAAGCUGGAUAAGUAGAUUUGUUUUGUCAAUUUUCAUCUGCUUUUUUAUAUCGUUUAUUCCUCUAAUAAUUCAAGAAUUAUUGGAAAAAGGAGUUUUCAAAUCUUUAUACAGAAUUUGUUAUCACUUCACCUCAAUGGCACCUUUAUUUGAAGUCUUUGUGUGUCAAAUUUAUGCAUCUUCUCUCAGAGAUAAUAUUAUGUUAGGUGGAGCAAAAUAUAUAGCUACUGGAAGGGGGUUUGCAACUUCCAGAAUGCCGUUUGCUACAUUAUAUUCAAGAUAUUCAAGCAUGUCUAUAUAUGGGGGUGUAAAAGUUUGUUUGAUAAUAAUAUUUGCAACAACAACUAUGUGGCAACCAGCACUCCUUUGGUUUUGGGUCACAAUUAUUUCCAUGUGUUUUGCUCCUUUCAUUUUCAAUCCUCAUCAGUUUGAAUGGAGUGAGUUUUUCUUAGAUUAUAGAAUAUUUAUCAGAUGGCUUUCGAGGGGAAAUCUUGUCGCGGAGAAAACAUCAUGGUUAGAGAUGAAUAGAACUUAUAGGUCUCGACUUAAUGGAACAAUAGGGAAAACUAGGACCUCGACAAUGAAUAUAUUUGUUGGAAAGAUAGUAUUUCCUUUCAUUGAAUCACUUUUCUUUUUAACUGCUUUCAUGUUUAUAAAUUCACAAAAUGGAGUUUUCUAUUGGUUUAAUGUAAAUCCACUACUCAGAAUCACAAUAAUUACCAUUCUUCCAUUUCUUGCCAAUGCAAUUAUCUUAUUAAUUCUUUCUCCAGUUUCUGUACUUUUAGUAUCGUUAACUGGUUGUUGUUGUAAUAAAUCACAAACAAUAGUUGCUGGAUUUGCUCAUAGUUUAUCAUUAAUUUUCAAUAUUGCAAAUAUCUGGAUUUUCUUAUAUUUGGAAGAAUGGAACUUUAAUAGAACUUUAUGUGGGAUUAUUUUCAUGAUUGACUUUCAUGAAUUUAUUAGUGAUUGUAUUAUAAUCCUUUUCUGUGGAAAGGAAUCCCCAUUAGCACUACUUAAUUAUGCUUGGUGGUCCGGGAAUUGGUUUGGGACUGGUUUAGGGUGGAAUAUUUUAAUUCAACCUAUUAAUGAAUAUUUUAGAAAGAUUGUUGAACUAAACCAAUUUGCUAAGGAUUUUUUGAUAGGUCAUGUUCUUUUUUUCGCCUUGUUACCCUUUGUUUAUAUACCAUAUAUUGAUAGAUGGCAUUCGAGAAUGUUAUUUUGGUUAAAAAAAUCAAAUAAAUUUCAAAAGAAAAUCAUUUCAAAACGUCAAAAGAGAAAGAGAUCAUUAAAAGUUUUGAAAUAUUAUAUUCUCCUUCAUACUUUACUCUUAUUGUUUAUCCUGAUAAUAUUAGCACCAAUAUUUGUUAAGGAUUUUAUACCUAAUAUAAAGGAAAAUUUACCUGUCCAAGCAUUAGAACUCUUUCAACCAAAUAACCAAAAUAAUAAUGAUACAGGUGAAAGUGCACCAUGGUAUAUACCUCGUGAGAAACCUAUCCCAGUUAGCAUGAGUACAAUUGCAUAGGAUAUAUAUAUAUAUAUAUAUAUAUAAUUAUUAAUAGUUAAAAAAAGUUGCAAAAUUUUAACUUUAUCAAAUGCUAAAAAAGGGCGUAGGUCGUGCGAAACAA